AUGUCACAACAACAAAAGACUGAAGACGUAAUCAAAGACAUCAAGUCUAAGAUUGAAGUCGAAAAGAAUAUUGUGGAAGGAUAUCAGAAUGUUAAACGAAUGUCCCAGAAUGCUGAAGUUGUCCAAAAAUGUAACUCCAAGAUUAUAGAGUCACAAUCAAUUAUUGAUUAUUACCAAGAUUCUUUAAACAAGUUAACGAGACAGUUGCAAGACUUAAAUACAAAUGGUCAUCCAACAAAUGGAAAUAGAAAUAGUGGAACUGAGAGACCUUCUUAUUCGCGUCUUGACCUUAUUAAGUAUGAAUGUCCUUCUGUUGGUCACAAGAUACAUCACAUGUUACAGCAAUUGCAGUUUAAAUUACAAGUUGAAAAUCAAUAUCGCGAAGCCAACAAGAAAAUCUCGCAUCUUUAUUUAAUGGAUGGUGAUCGUUCCUCCUCGGACGCUGCUGAAGGUGGUAAGGCUGAAUCGGAUCAACGUAUUCAAUUAUUGGAAAAGGCAUUGAAGAAAUAUCAAAAUAUUCAUAUUGAUUCUGAAGAUUUUACACGUGAUUUUGCCUUGAUUAAUACUCCAAAACAUGCUAGAAAACCAUUAAGUGGGAGAUUAUUCAUAUCCGUUACCUGUAUUAGAGAUGUUGACCACAUUUCCUCACCAGUAUUUGCUAAAAAGAGAGAAUCGGUAAUUGUUAUAAAAAUUGAUGAUUUGGAGCGAGCAAGAACAAAGCCUUCAAAAACCGAUAAAUGGACCGAAGAGUUUGUGGUUAAUGUUGAAAAGGGCCAUGAAAUUGAAUUAUGUGUAUUGGAUAAAUCUGGAAAUAAUAUGGUUCCAGUGGCCAUGAAUUGGCUAUUACUUUCAGACGUGGCUGAAGAAAUCCGUAAGAGAAAAGUAGCUAAAGAAUUGGGCAAUAGUGGAUGGAUCACAGCAUCUAAUUUGGAAGGAGCAAAUGUACCUUCCCGUGGUGCAAGUUUUGGAGCUACCUUACCUUUACCACCAACUAGCUCUGCUGGUUCGACAUCUCCAACGACCAGUGCAUUUGCUACACCUGCUCCUACUCCUGCUGCUGCAGGAUCUCCAGAUAAGAUUCAACUUAACACUUGGCUCAGUCUUGAACCAUGUGGUCAAAUGUUAGUUAGUAUGAACUUUGAAAAAUCCACGGUUCCGGGCCAGAAAUUCAUGGGUCCUCUUGAGCGUCAUGGUGCCAUUCGUCAAAAGAAGGAAGAAGUGUUUGAACAACAAGGUCAUCACUUUGUUCAAAAACAAUUCUACAAUAUUAUGUGUUGUGCAUUAUGUGGAGAAUUCCUUCGAUACACUGGGUACCAAUGUCAAGAUUGUAAAUUCUUGUGUCAUAAGAAAUGUUAUUCGAAAGUUGUCACCAAAUGUAUUUCUAAAUCUGGUAUUGAUUACGAUGAAACUAAAUUGAAACACCAAAUUCCUCAUAGGUUUGAGCCAAUUACUAAUCACGGUACCAAAUGGUGUUGUCAUUGUGGUUAUAUCUUACCAUGGGGUAAAAAGAAUGUUAGAAAGUGUACUGAAUGUGGUGUCAUGUGCCACGCUCAAUGCACUCAUCUUGUCCCUGAUUUCUGUGGAAUGUCCAUGGAGAUGGCUAAUGAAAUCUUAGCUACUAUUAAAUCAACUAAGGUGUCACCCAAGAAACCUCAAAAGCUUAAUUUAGCACCUAAAUCUGAAUAUUCGCUCAAGCCACAAGUUUCUCCAUUGCCUGUCAAAGAGGAACGUCGUAUGUCUGAAGAUGACGAAGCAAAGACAAGAUUAGCCACCCAGACAACAAAUAUGGUUCAAGAACCUAUCAGAUUACCUCAUCACAUCGCUAAACCUAAACAAUACCCUUCAGAAAAGCGUCCAUCGUUUGAAGCUGAUAUGUCCUUUGAUCAAAAUAGAGAAAAUGAAAUUCAAUUUAGAAGGCAUGACAGGGUUCAACAGCAGCAAGAACAACGUCUCGAGGCAGUUACUGAAGAUCAGCGUAAGUCUCUUGAAUCCUCCAAAAAUCAUUUUGACCAAUUUGAUUAUCAAAAUGUUCAAACACAAGAUCAAAUUAUGGCUGAUGUUGAUCAAACCAAGAACCCAUUCCAAGAUCAAUAUCACCAUGCUGAUGUUACCGCAGGUCAUAUCACUAAACCUCACAAAUCACAUAAACAGAAACGCAAGAGAAGAAAGGUUGGUCUUGAUGACUUCCAAUUCUUGGCUGUAUUGGGUAAGGGUAACUUCGGUAAGGUUAUGUUAGCAGAAUCAAGACACACGCUGACAUUAUGUGCCAUUAAGGUUUUAAAGAAGGAUUUCAUUGUUGAAAACGAUGAAGCCGAGAGUGUCAAGUCGGAAAAGAGAGUAUUUCUUACCGCCAAUAAGGAAAAGCAUCCAUUCUUGUUGAAUUUACAUUGUUGUUUCCAAACUGAGAAUAGAAUCUACUUCGUCAUGGAAUAUAUUUCCGGGGGUGAUUUAAUGUGGCAUAUUCAAAAGUCUAGAUUCCCUGCUAAACGAGCAAAAUUCUACGCGUGCGAAGUGUUACUUGGGUUGAAGUAUUUCCACGAUAAUGGAAUUGUUUAUCGUGAUUUAAAAUUAGAUAAUAUCUUGUUGACAACCAAGGGACAUAUUAAGAUUGGUGAUUAUGGGUUAUGUAAAGAAAACAUGUGGUAUCAAUCUACUACAUCUACCUUCUGUGGAACUCCUGAGUUUAUGGCUCCUGAGAUUGUGGCAGGUAAGCAAUAUGACAGAAGUGUAGAUUGGUGGGCAUUUGGUGUUUUAUUAUUUCAAAUGUUAUUGUGUCAAUCUCCAUUUAAAGGUGAUGAUGAAGAUGAUAUUUUCAAUGCUAUUGAACAUGAUGAAGUUAAAUAUCCAAUUAGUUUAUCUCGUCAAACCGUUCUAGUACUUCAAGCAUUGUUAACUAAAGAUCCAAGUCAAAGAUUAGGUAGUGGACCAAGAGAUGCUGAAGAAAUUAUGGAACAUCCAUAUUUCCAUGAUGUUAAUUUUGAUGAUGUAUUCAAUUUAAGAAUUCCAGCUCCAUAUAUUCCUGAAGUUCAAUCCGAACAUGAUUAUUCUAAUUUUGAUCAAGAAUUUACUUCGGAAACUCCAAGAUUGACGCCAGUAGAAACUGUGCUUACUGCUGAAAUGCAAGAACAAUUUAGAGGGUUCUCACAUAUUGCUGAGAAUGCGGUGAUUUAA